GGACCCGGGGAAGCCGCCCGCCCGCCCGCGGGGACGUCCGCACUGCGAGGGUUAAGGCCCGGAGCCCGGCGGGGCGGGGGCGGCGUGUGCGCGCGGAUUGGGGAAAAGUUUGGCGGCGGGGCGGGGCACGGGGCGGGCCGGCGCGCGCGGAUUGGCCGGAAGUUGUGCCGGGGGCGGGUCGGGGUCCGGGCUCCGCGCUCGCUCCGGGAGAGUUGACAAAGCCCCGCAGGGAAGGACGCCUCGCGGCGCGGCGCCCCGGGCCCCUCGCCCCGCCGCCCCGGGACUCCGGCCCCAGCCCCCGGCCCUGCGGACUCGCCCCCGCCGCCUGCCUGGUCUGGGACCCCGCGCCCUGAGCGCCCGAGCCCGGACCCCGACCCGGCCUGAGCCUCCCGCGCCCAGGUAGCGCCGCCCCGCCCCGAGGCCGGGCCCGGGGGCGCGGGGCGGCGGGAUGCGGCGCCCGGGGCGGCGAUGACCGCGGAGCGCACGCCGCGGGCCUGGCCCUGACCCCGCCGCCCGCCCGCACGCCGAGCCCCCGCCAAGGUGAGAUCCCCGCGCGCGGCCGCGACCCCAGGUCCGGACAGGCCGAGAUGAGUCCCGCGUUGCUGCUCCUCCUGCCGCCACUGCUGCUGGGGGCCCUCCCGCCGGCCGCCGCCGCCCGAGGUCCCCCCAGGAUGGCAGACAAGGUGGUCCCACGGCAGGUGGCCCGGCUGGGCCGCACUGUGCGGCUGCAGUGCCCUGUGGAGGGGGAUCCACCGCCGUUGACCAUGUGGACCAAGGAUGGCCGCACCAUCCACAGCGGCUGGAGCCGCUUCCGCGUGCUGCCCCAGGGGCUGAAGGUGAAGCAGGUGGAGCGGGAGGAUGCCGGCGUGUACGUGUGCAAGGCCACCAACGGCUUUGGCAGCCUGAGCGUCAACUACACCCUCGUCGUGCUGGAUGACAUUAGCCCAGGGAAGGAGAGCCUGGGGCCCGACAGCUCCUCUGGGGGUCAAGAGGACCCCGCCAGCCAGCAGUGGGCACGACCACGCUUCACACAGCCCUCCAAAAUGAGGCGCCGGGUGAUUGCACGGCCCGUGGGCAGCUCCGUGCGGCUCAAGUGCGUGGCCAGUGGGCACCCUCGGCCUGACAUCACGUGGAUGAAGGACGACCAGGCCUUGACGCGCCCAGCAGCCGCCGAGCCCAGGAAGAAGAAGUGGACGCUGAGCCUGAAGAACCUGCGGCCAGAGGACAGUGGCAAAUACACCUGCCGUGUUUCGAACCGCGCGGGCGCCAUCAACGCCACCUACAAGGUGGAUGUGAUCCAGCGGACCCGCUCCAAGCCCGUGCUCACAGGCACGCACCCCGUGAACACGACGGUGGACUUCGGGGGGACUACAUCCUUCCAGUGCAAGGUGCGCAGUGACGUGAAGCCGGUGAUCCAGUGGCUGAAGCGUGUGGAGUACGGCGCCGAGGGCCGCCACAACUCCACCAUCGAUGUGGGCGGCCAGAAGUUCGUGGUGCUGCCCACAGGCGACGUGUGGUCGCGGCCGGAUGGCUCCUACCUCAAUAAACUGCUCAUCACCCGCGCCCGCCAGGACGAUGCGGGCAUGUACAUCUGCCUGGGCGCCAACACCAUGGGCUACAGCUUCCGCAGCGCCUUCCUCACUGUGCUGCCAGACCCAAAACCACCAGGGCCACCUGUAGCCUCCUCGUCCUCGGCCACUAGCCUGCCAUGGCCUGUAGUCAUCGGCAUCCCGGCCGGCGCUGUCUUCAUCCUGGGCACCGUGCUCCUGUGGCUUUGCCAGGCCAAGAAGAAGCCAUGCACCCCCACUCCUGCCCUUCCCGUGCCUGGGCACCGCCAGCCAGGGACAGCCCGUGACCGCAGUGGAGACAAGGACCUUCCCACGUUGGCCGCCCUCAGCGCUGGCCCUGGUGUGGGGCUGUGUGAGGAGCAUGGGUCUCCGGCAGCCCCCCAGCACUUGCUGGGCCCAGGCCCAGUUGCUGGCCCCAAGUUGUACCCCAAAGUGUACACAGACAUCCACACGCACACACACACACACUCACACACACACUCACACGUGGAGGGCAAGGUCCACCAGCACAUCCACUAUCAGUGCUAGAUGGCACUGCCUCUGCGGUGGGCGCAUGGGGCCGGCCAGACAGGCAGGCUGGGAGGAUGGAGGACGGUGCUGCAGACGAAGGCGGGGGACCCAUGGUGAGGAGGAAUGGCCAGCACCCUGGGUGCUCUGUGUGAGGCAUAGCCCCUGGACACACAUACACAGACACACGCUGCCUGGAUGCAUAUAUACACACACAUGCACACACACGCUGCCUGAACACAGGCACACGCAGACAUGCUCCCGGAACGCAUACGCACGCGUGCACAUGCGCAGGCAUGAUGCCUGGACACACAGAUAUGCUGCCCAAACGCACACACAUGCACACAGACAUGCCAGAACAUACAUGGACAUGCUGCCUGAACACAUCACACGCAUGCAGAGAUAUGCUGCCUCGACACACACAUGCAUACACGUGCAGAUAUGCUGCCUAGACACACACACACACACAGAUAUGCUGCUUGGACACACACACGCAGAUAUGCUGUCCAGACACAUGCACACACAUGCACAGAUAUGCUGCCUCGACACACGCACACAUGCGCAGGUAGGCCACCUGGACACACACAGGCAGUUAUGCUGUCCGGACACACGCACACAUGCAGAUACGCUGUCCACACACGUGCAGUUAUGCUGCCUCGACACACACGCACACACAUGCGCAGAUAUGCUGCCUGGACACGUGCAGAUAUGCUGUCCGGACACACGCACACACAUGUGCAGACAUGCUGCCUGGACACAUGCGGACUGAGGUGCUUUUCAGAGAGUGUGCUGCGAGGCCCGCAGUGCAUGUGCGGUGAGGCUCAUAGUUGAUGAAGGACUCUCCCUGCUCCACCAUCACUCCCCCACCCCUGCCCGCCUCUGCCCUUGCCUGGCCUUUACGGCUAUUUUUGCCACCUGUCUUGGGUGUCCAGGAGUCCCCUACUGCUGUAGGCUGGGGCUGGGGACACAGCAGCCCCAAGCCUGAGAGGCUGGAGCCCGUGACAGUCCCACCGCAUUCUCCUCCUGCCGGAGAGAAGGAGCCUUGAUAUUUAUAUUUAAGAAAUGAAGAUAAUAUUAAUAAUGAUGGAGGGAGGGCUGGGUUGCAGGGACUGUGGUCUCUUCUGGGGCCUGGGACCCACCUGGUUUUUCAGCCACGCUGAUGCCUGCACCCCGUCCAGGCCAGGCACCACCCCCCACCCCACUGUCGUGGUGGCCCCAGAUCUCUAAUUUUAUGUAGAGUUUGAGCUGAAGCCCCAUAUAUUUAAUUUAUUUUGUUAAACAUGAAAGUGCAUUCUUUCUCUCCA